UCUUCUGCCCCGCCCCCUGCUCCCAGCCGGCCGCUGAGGGGCCGCCGGUUUCCCUGGCAACCGCCGCGCAGCGUCUUCCUGAGGGAGCCUUUUCUGUCAGCCCGCGGAUCCCACCGCUCGCUCCCCACUGCCCGGUGGUUUUUGCGUGGGCUCAUUGACUGACGGACAACAAAAAUGGCGGAGCGGAGCCAGACAGCGCCAGAGGCAGGCAAUGAUACAGGAAAUGAGGAUGCCAUUGGAGGGAAUGUGAACAAAUACAUAGUGCUUCCAAAUGGAUACUCUGGACAGCCCAAGAAAGGACAUCUUACCUUUGAUGCUUGCUUUGAAAGUGGUAACCUCGGCCGGGUUGAGCAAGUCUCUGAUUUUGAGUAUGAUCUGUUCAUUAGACCGGACACCUGUAAUCCACGCUUCCGAGUCUGGUUCAACUUUACUGUUGAAAAUGUGAAAGAAUUACAGAGGGUAAUUUUCAACAUUGUUAACUUCAGUAAAACCAAGAGUCUUUACCGAGAUGGGAUGGCACCAAUGGUGAAAUCCACCAGCAGACCAAAAUGGCAAAGACUACCACCAAAAAACGUUUAUUACUAUCGCUGCCCAGACCACAGGAAGAACUAUGUGAUGUCCUUUGCAUUCUGUUUUGACCGAGAAGAUGAUAUCUACCAGUUUGCUUACUGCUACCCUUAUACAUAUACUCGCUUCCAGCAUUACCUCGACAGCCUACAAAAGAAAAACAUGGAUUAUUUCUUUCGGGAACAGCUUGGACAGAGUGUGCAACAGCGGCAGCUUGACCUCCUGACGAUAACCAGCCCGGAGAAUCUCCGUGAAGGGUCAGAAAAGAAGGUGAUAUUCAUCACAGGGCGAGUCCACCCAGGGGAAACACCAUCUUCAUUUGUGUGCCAAGGAAUCAUCGACUUCCUCGUAAGUCAGCAUCCAAUUGCCCGUGUCCUACGAGAACAUUUGGUCUUCAAGAUUGCCCCAAUGCUCAACCCUGAUGGAGUUUACCUGGGCAACUACAGGUGCUCCCUGAUGGGGUUUGACCUGAAUCGUCACUGGCUGGAUCCCUCUCCAUGGGCCCAUCCCACCCUGCAUGGAGUGAAACAGCUCAUCAUCAAGAUGUACAAUGACCCAAAAACAAGCCUGGAGUUCUAUAUUGACAUCCACGCCCACUCUACCAUGAUGAAUGGCUUCAUGUACGGCAAUAUCUUUGAGGAUGAGGAACGGUUCCAAAGGCAGUCUAUUUUUCCAAAACUCCUUUGCCAGAAUGCUGAGGACUUCUCCUAUACUAGCACAUCCUUCAACCGGGAUGCUGUGAAAGCAGGAACUGGCCGGCGCUUCCUGGGCGGGCUUCUGGACCACUCAUCAUACUGCUAUACCCUAGAGGUUUCCUUCUACAGUUACAUCAUUGGGGGCACUACAGCUGCAGUGCCCUACACUGAAGAAGCCUAUAUGAAACUGGGACGGAACGUGGCAAGAACAUUUCUAGAUUAUUACCGGCUGAACUCCCUGGUUGAGAAGAUAGCAGUCCCCAUGCCAAGGCUUCGGAAAGAAAAAGCCCCUCCUUGCAAGCACCCACCCCCGAGGGGCUCAACCAGCAACGUCUCCAUUGGCAAAGGGGACAAGAAGAACUCACUGAACCACAAAGACCCAUCAACCCCCUUUUAAAGACAUGGCACCAGGAGGCAUUGUGGGUGCAGGAACAUGCAUUUCUUGCUGGGGCAUGAAAUUAAGUGCCCUUUCCUGGUUUCCAAGACAGGGGUUUUCAGGAUAAUGCAUAAGCUAGUGAAAGAGUCAGGGAAAGAGAGAAAUUUUAUCAUUGAUUUUUCCCCUUUACCAAUGGGAAAUCAAUCGUGAGCCUUCAACUCAAGGCUGAACAGAAUGUGAGAAUGGAAUCAGGUCAGCACAGGCUUUCUCUUCCAUGGAGCAGAGGAAAUCCUACAUACCUCUCUCAUGAGGUCCCACAUGUCUGACCACUCAGUUCCCUGGAAGCCCCUUUUUCCCUUCACAUCGGUUCAGUGCCCUGGAAGACCCUUUCACCUUUUUAAAGUCACAGAGUCAUGAUGCUGGUGACUUCACUUAAAAUAGGUUGCAGUUGUUUCUAGUUCAGGAAUGCAGUCUCCGUAUUUUCUGAUCCAAAGCAACAACAACACACAUACAAGCCAAAGGCAAACAUGCUGUUGGGAACAAUGGGGUAGAAGUUUUGAAAUCAGAGUGGUCUAAAAAAUAUGGGCAUUGUGUCUAUAAGCUCUCUCGCUCCCUCAAGCCCCAGCAUGCAACUUCAGAAAACUGUUCUGAAAGCUAUUUUUCAACUUCCUGGCUAGUUUAAUUGAAUUUCUAGCUCCCCCAAACAAAAAGUAUUGCUCAUUCAUUCCCAAGAACUGCUGUGGUUAAGGUCUGCAGUCCCUGGUGACAAGGAUCAAGGGAGGUAAGCACUGAUAAUCUGCAACGAGAACAAGGUGACUACCAGGUAAGGGGGCUACAGGAGACAAAGGAGCACACUCCAAGCAGGUAGGGAGAUAAAAGACAAGGACAGCAGAAGCAAUUCCCAAGGGGAGGCAAGCCAAAUAGUGUGCAUUUUCCUGAAGCUUAAAGUGCCUUUGUGUGAUGAAUGGGUCCAGGGGAGUCUACUCCCUUCCUGCCUGUGGAAGCAGCAGGCUGAGUCACCAUGACAGCCUGCUAAUUAAAAUGACCUCCCGGAAAUGAGGAUUAGGAGAUAGGGAGAGGGAGGGAGGCUCCAGGGAGAUAGGGCCUUCAGCACACAACUCCAGUUAAACAGUCUUUGUGUUUGAGAUGGAGAUUUUCAACGUUUAUUGCAAAAAUCAAGAGCAAAGCUUGUUUUCUCUUUCACAUACUGGUUUUCAGAAAUGGUAACAAAGAAACAUAUGUCAGAUUGCUAUGAAUGUUCCAUUGUGUACAUAGCAACCUUCCUGGGUUUUUAUUGCCCAAAUAAAGUGGU